AUGGCGUCGUCGAGGGUGAUGGCGUCGUCGUCGUCGUCGUCUAAGCCGCCGUCGCACACGGCGUCGGAUCUCGCGCGCUUCGCGCAGGCCGCGGGGAGGCCCGGCGGCGGGGGCGGCAGCGGGAUGGGGUCCAUGAACGUGGAGGAGCUGCUCCGCGGCAUCUACGGUGACGCCCGCACGUCGGCGCCCGUUCGGCCGGCGUCGCCCGUUAUCCCGCCCGUGGCGGCGCCGCGGCAGCAGGCGGCCCCGCGGCGGACGGCGGACGAGGUGUGGAGGGAGAUCACCGGCGGCAGCGGCGGGGAGGAGGAGGCGGCCCCGGCCACGGCUGGCGGGGCCGGGGAGAUGACGCUGGAGGACUUCCUGGCGAGGGAGGAGGGCGCCGCCGUCAGGGGCCCCGGCCCUUCCGCGGCGCCGGAGGAGCAGGCGGCGAUGCCGACGAUGGCGCUUCUCGGCGGGGCGGAGGGCGCGCGGGGCGGCGGGAGGGGGAGGAAGCGGCAGCUCAUGGACCCCAUGGACCGCGCCGCGAUGCAGCGGCAGAAGCGGAUGAUCAAGAACCGCGAGUCCGCGGCGAGGUCGCGAGAGAGGAAGCAGGCCUACAUAGCCGAGCUCGAGUCUUUGGUCACGCAGCUCGAAGAGGAGAACGCCCACCUGUCCAAAGAGCAGGAGGAGACAAACCAGAGGCGGCUUAAAGAGCUCAAGGAAAAAGUGACUCCAGUCAUCAUUGCAAAAACGCCGUCGCAAGAUCUUAGAAGAACAAACUCAAUGGAGUGGUAG